CGAGGAUCGCUGUGCUGCUGCUGCUGCUUCCUUGGCAACCAAUCACUCGACUCGCCCGCAAUGCCCAAGUUCAAUCCUAGGCAGCAGCAAAAGAAGCUACGAAGGCACAAUCCUAUCGCCAGAGCAGCACCGGCGAUUGAGUUACCACCAUCAUCAUCAUCAUCAUCUGGCGCAAAGAGCAAUGGCAGCUCAGAUGCUCUGCCCAUCUUAGCCAAUCUGCCCCUUCCCUCAUCCUCGUCCUCGCCGGCAUCUAUUCAAGAAGACGAGAAGGUCCUGCGCGCACUCCAAGGCCUCAAUCCGCUGCUACUCGCCAAGCCAUCUCGAAACAUCCUCCUCGAGCCAAAGCACAAGCUCAUUUCCCGCCUAGUCCACCUCGUCGACCAUGCACGACUCGAAGUGCGCAAAGAGGCAGCCGGAUGCUUGCGCAACCUCUGCGUCGAGGCAAAGUGGGCCGUAAGGGAGCAGAUUUGGCAACAUCAAGGGGGUGCUCGCGCGCUGGCUCAAGCAGAAUAUGCGGCGAGGGAGCUGGGUCUGCUCCCAAAAUCACAGGAACAUGCAGACACCGCCUCUGCUGCGCCUGUCACAUCAGCUCCAGCAAAGAAGCCCGAAGAGAUGAAUCGAAAGGAGAGGCGGCACGCUGCCAAGGCAGCAAAGGCAGCCGGUACGACUGCGGCCAGCGAUGACGCCGACGCUGCCCCUGUCAAAGCGACGCCCGCCUCAGCAGCUGCCGAGAUGGCUGCCCACGAGCUCCUCCUCCUCCACCUCAGCCUCCUCGAGAACCACCUCACCAUCAUCUGGUGUCUCUUGGAGGGUGUCAGCUCCCCAGUCUGGCUCACGACUCUCAAUCGCUCCAUCCUCUCUACGCUCCUCUGCCCCUGCAUCUCCACGGCAGCUCAAGCAUUUUCGCAGCCAUACUCGACGAACAAGAUCACUCAAAAGGAGGAGAUCGAAGUCAGGACCGCUCAAGUAGAAGUUGCCUCUACGGCAGCUAACCUCCUCGCCACCUGGCUCGAAGACAAUGCAGCAGGAGCAGCUACGCUCGCCGGCCUACCACUGGACCUCGUCGAGCAGGUAGAAGCAUUUGAGCAGGCAGGCAACACCGCCGAGCCCGGGUCCAAGGGACGCAAGCGAUUGGAGAUGAUCUUUGACAAGUUUGCAAAACUUGAUGCAGAGGCGCAGCGUCGUGCCAAGGAUGGCGUUGAUGCUCUGACCGCAAGCUUCGAGGCGAUGAUUGCUGGCGAGGACAACGCGAACACGAACAAGCUGAACUAUUCGAAGCCCACGCUCGGUCUGUUGGCUUUGGCGUCAUGCUGCAACCUCGUAGAGUCGCUGCCUAUUGCACUGCGAGCGUGGGUUCCGAGCUCUUCUGGUAGCCUUGCGCAAUGGCAGCUGUCGACUGCCGCACCCAAGCUACUGAACUUCGUCACCACCACGAGCGCUGACGAAGGUUUGUGGAAAUCGCUCGAGACGGCUUCGACGCAGCCCCGUGAGAAGGUGGAGCUGGCAGAGGCGGCUGGCAUGGAAGUGGACGACCACCAUGACGACCACGCCGAUGAGCAGCCAAAAUCAACCCGCGCUCUGGCCCGCCUUGACGACCUCACUCUUGCUGUUGAGCUGCUCGGAGAGAUCUGCGCAGAGGCUGGUGUGCAACCAGGAGACGAUGGCGCUUUGUUGCCACCCGAAAUGGCUGCUGCUCAGGCGAAGAAUGGCGAAGGCAAUGGCAUGGACGAGGACGACAUCGACGAGACGCAAGACGACGACUUGGAUUCUGAGGAGGAAGAGGAAAUGUUGGCGCUGGCGGAUGCCGACCGUGAGAGCGAUGAUGGAGGGGACGCGCAAGGAGACGUCUCCAUGGAGGCGAGCAACAAGAAGAAAAAGGUUGGGCGGGGCGAUGCUGGAGACUCGACUUGGUCUGCCUCGCCCUACGCUCAGCUGGUCUCGAAGCACCACUUGCCUACGGCCCUGCUCAAGUUGCUCGUCGCGCCUACCUUUAGCAAUGCGCACGUUGCUGAGCUGUCGCAGCCCUUUCUUCAGGCCACGCACGGCGCCUUGGCCGCUCUCCUCUCUGGGCUCUCAGCCCACGCCAAGCCUCCGCCAUCUCAGCCAGUCGAGGAGGGCAGCAAGGAGGCGCGCCGUGUAGCUCAGUAUCAGCGAUGGGUGUCUUCGGAGGCAAGCAGCCUGAGCGAGACCUGGCAAGGGCUCAAGGAGAGCGCGCAGGCGGCGGAUCAAUCUCUGGACAAUCUUGUGGCCAUUUGGACUGGCCUCAGCUCGCUCCUCGUCAUGCACGAAGGGAUGGAGGCUCUGGCGUUCGAUAUCCAGGCAGCUGACCUACAGACCUUCUUUGGUGCCUCGCUAGACCGAGCACUAGCCGUCAAGGGUGACGAGGUAGCUGCAUCGGUCUCCUCGCUCAUUAUCUCGAGCUUCGGCAACGUCGCGCGGGUGCCGCAAGCCUCUUGCCCCCUGAUCGAACGCAAUCGCUUUGCGUGCGAGCUUUGGCUUAAGCUUCUCGCAUCUGCCAAUGAUGUACCGCCCCCUGCUCUUCUCUCGGCGCUCAACGCAUUCAUCGACACGUACGCCGACGAGACGUCGCAGUGGGACCAGGAAGUAUUCGUGGCGGGAGGCGUGCUGGGCGGAGUCAAGGCGUGCGUGCCUGGUGUGAGGGAGCGCAUCCGCUCUAGUGUGGACAAGCGCAAGGAGGCGGCAUUGAGGGAGCGCUUGGACGAGGCCAUGACCAACUUGAUGGCAUUUAUAGAGUACCGAGAGUCCCUCGCGGCGUAACAUAGAGCAGAAGACCU